UGAGUAUCGAAAAUACGGAACGCUUCUUGUGGCGGGUAGCGUAAGCUUUCACUUCGCAAGGUAGUUGUCAAAAUGGCGGCGGAAGGAGUAAGUGCUCCUGCAGGGAACCCCAAUGCGGAAAUUGUUCGAGGGCAAGUAUUUGAAGUGGGCCCUCGUUAUACGAACCUUUCUUACAUCGGAGAAGGAGCAUAUGGAAUGGUAGUAUCUGCCUACGACAACGUAACAAAAACUAAAGUGGCUAUCAAGAAAAUAUCUCCCUUUGAACACCAGACCUACUGCCAAAGAACACUCCGAGAAAUAAAGAUCCUCACAAGGUUUAAACAUGAAAAUAUCAUAGAUAUCAGAGAUAUCCUUCGGGCGGUAACAAUCGACCAGAUGAAGGACGUGUACAUCGUCCAAUGCCUCAUGGAGACAGACCUCUAUAAGCUUCUUAAGACGCAGAGGCUUAGUAACGACCACAUUUGCUACUUUCUGUACCAAAUACUCCGUGGCCUCAAGUACAUUCAUUCAGCAAAUGUUCUGCAUCGAGACUUGAAGCCAAGUAAUCUUCUUCUCAACACUACGUGUGAUCUCAAGGCUCGCAUUGCCUGUGCAACUGCCCCCACUGGUUUCAUGCCCCACCCACCCAUCCGAGCCACUGGCUUACGUUGUUGCCUAAUCACUAUUUGCGAUUUUGGCCUUGCUCGAGUAGCGGAUCCUGAUCACGACCACACUGGAUUUUUGACUGAAUAUGUCGCCACCCGAUGGUAUCGAGCACCCGAGAUUAUGCUGAAUUCGAAGGGCUACACCAAAUCCAUUGACAUCUGGUCAGUAGGCUGUAUUCUAGCAGAGAUGUUAUCCAACCGACCAAUUUUCCCUGGAAAGCAUUACUUGGAUCAGCUAAAUCAUAUCCUGGGAGUUUUGGGCUCUCCAACACCAGAAGAUCUGGAAUGUAUUAUAAACGAGAAAGCCCGGAGUUACCUGCAGUCGUUGCCAUACAAGCCCAAAGUUCCGUGGGUCAAACUCUUUCCCAAUGCUGAUCCAAAGGCAUUGGACUUGUUGGACAAAAUGCUAACCUUCAAUCCUCACAAUCGGAUAGGUGUUGAAGACGCACUGGCUCAUCCUUACCUGGAGCAGUACUAUGAUCCUGCUGAUGAGCCUGUUGCUGAAGAGCCAUUCCGUUUUUCCAUGGAGUUGGACGAUCUUCCGAAAGAAACUCUGAAGAAAUACAUAUUUGAUGAAACAGUGCAAUUUAAACAGAAACUUGCACAGGAAGCAAAUAACAUGUAGUGCAAUGGAUGGUAAGCACUACAAUACUAUUGUAUAAUUCCAUAUGUGGCCAUGGCCAGAAUUCUGCCGUCACUUGUGUUAAUGUUGUCAGGCAGUUGCCAUGCAGCCUCUCUCCCAUCUGGCACCUCACUAGAGAACCUGGGAGUGAUUGAGGCUGGGCAUAUCUUAUCAUCAUGAGACAACUCACUUUAAUAAGAUUAAUAAAGAUAAAUAAUAAUUGUUAUAGACUUAUUUGUGUGUUUUGGGUCAUUUGUCCUUUUUGUCUGUGAUUAAGUAAAAAUCUUCAUUCUACCUCCCUUCCUUGCUGAUGUGUAGAUGGGACUGAUCCCUAACCCAAUUUUCGCAUUAUAUAUUACACUGUUGUUUAGCAUUUUCAAAUUAUCUUUGCCUUGUGACAAUGGAACUUAGUAUUGUUUGGUUUUGCCAUCUGACUAGUAUUACACUGUCACAAUGCAGAGUGUUGAGGAAUUUUAAAUUUUAUCCAUUAAUGGGUAGAUAUUUAUAUCUCCAAAUAAACCAUAUCCACCUGUCUCAUGACCCUAAACCUCUCGGUUUCUCUGUUUAAAUACAAUCUCUUGUUGUCCUUGUGUAUAUAAGCAUGCCAUACUUUCAUCAUGUCUGUAAGUGUGUAUUUAAAAGAACAUAUGAUAUAAUGCAACUGGUUGCAGAAGACAAAUAAUUUGAGCCAUAAACUUAUUUUAAUUGUUUAAAAAUAAAAUGAUGGUUGUGUGAUGAAAAUUAAAAUUCAUACAAUUUUGGGAGGUCCUUCAAGAUACUUUGUAAUUAUUAUGUAGAUUAGUUUCAUUUACUCAGAAAAUUUAAAAAGCACAAUACUGAAAGGUGAAACUGUGAGACAAAAUGCCUCCCUGGAAAAGCGCAUUCAUGCAAGUUCAUGAAUGUGAUCAGGGUGUGUGUGUGUGUGUGUAAUGUUGUGUGAGUAGUCUGAAUGCAGGAGAGAAGUGGAAUGUCAAAAGUCAGUUCAGAAAAACAAAAAUGUUACAAAAAUAUGACAUCAUGUGGCCUAAAACUUUUGAAUUUACUUCAAACUUGUCAACUGUGUCUCCCUAAGGCACUUUAGCCUCCAUAUAGAUUAGACCACCGCCUCAGGUAGUUCUACAAGAUUUAGAUAUCCAAUUCAUUGUCACAACAGGAAACUGUUGGAACUGUUUGGUGCUCAUGGUCGUAGCACCGGAGCUACAUGAGUGGGAAAACAACCUAUUGGUUUUAUUUACAUUUGAUAAAACUUGCAUCUUUCUUAUUAGAGAGCAUUGGCUCUUCCCAUUUUAGUGUACCUGUACAAGUAAAUUGCCAUGUCAUACGCAAAUAUACCAUGCAUCAGAGGGUAUAUUGGAAUUCUUGAUGGAAACUGUUAAAUAUAAACAAUACUAAUUCAUGCCAAUGUUGUGAAUAAUGUCAUUUAUCAGUCUAUCUUACUUUCAUGCGACUUUUUCACUUCGUUCAAAUCAAUCUUUUAUGUUCAGUGUAUUAUGACUUUAGUUUUUUGUAAGUGUAUAUACAACUGUUAUACAAACAUAUUGAAAUACUGUGAAUAAUUAGUGUGAUAUGAUCUAUGUGUGUCGUUUAUUGUGCUGGUUUAUUAACAUUUGCUGUAGGGAAUUGUUAUGAGUUAAACAAUCAAGAAAGUAUUUAUGUACUUAAACUGACAUUAAUGAAUUGCAGAAUUGUGUACAUUUACUCAUUAAAUAUUAAGUAUCAUAGCCUUCCACUAUGUUGAAAAUACAUGGCAAAUGUCCUUUACAGUAAGAAAACAAGAAAGAAAUUUAACAUUGUUGCUAUUGAAACUAGUAGCUAGCCAUUUACAAGGUCCAUAGAUGACGAAAUCCAAGUUGAGUCUUCUCAUUCCACAUCAUAAUACUGUUCAGCAAUGCCUGGGUCAGCAUGUUUUAGGAAUAACUGUAAAUAACCUGGUGAGGGGAGGAAGACUCUUCUAAUGUACCAUUAUUUUUCAAGAAGAUUGUAACUACUCAGAGCAAGCAAACACCCAAAGUUUAUUUUCAGGAAAAUAAAGGCUUAGAGAAAACUAUUCAGGAGUUGCAGCUGGAGACUUUAUUUCUGCUGCUGCAAUAUAGUGUUUUAAGAAGCAACAAUAUUUAAAUUUUGAUCUCCCAAACUCUAAUACUUCCUCUCAAUUAUGUUUUGACCCCAAUUCUAGCAAUAAGUUACUAAACAAGUAAUUGUCAAUGCGUUCUGUCAACAGACUGUAGAUAAUGGCUAGCUGACAGUGCCCCAAUUGAUAAAUAAGUACUUUCCAUAUAUAAGGUGAGCAGGCAUAUUGCCUCAUUAUUAUUUAUACAUAGUAAUGGGCUAUUAUAAGAACAUAGUUAAAUGUUUUGCUGUUAAAUUUUUCUACCUCUUUUGGUGAAAUGAAUUGCCAUUUUUAGUAAUGUGUGCAAAAAGGUGCCUUUUCAUUGUGUAAAAGAAUUGUCAUUGAACUUGCUGGUUUUUCUGUGAAAAUGAAUUUCUCAAAGAAUUUUUUUCAGUGCUCUCAAAAGUGGCUUGUGGGCAUAGUAUGGACGUGGUAUUUUUGCGUAUGUACAGUUGUUAUAACUACAUCAAAUUAUCAAACUUGCAAGUCAAUGCUGGGAUUUGUCCAGUACAUGAACAUGGUUAUACUGUUUGUCACUCGUUUGAGUAAAACAUUUCCAGUUUUCUCCAUAUAUACAGUAUUAUUAUACUUAUUAUUCAUUAUAUUGUUGUGCUGAAAUAAAAAGCUUUGUUGGCAAUA